GGGAAUGGAAGUGGAACGUUCAACCAGCCACUGGCAAACACCAGAAACUAUAGAACAGUCAACUCUACGCCACGCCGCUGAACUGAACCCCUCGUCGAUGAAAAUGGCAGCCAUUCUUCCUGGGUUGCUCGCCGUCGUCGGCCUCCUCCUCUGCGCCCAUGCCAUCGCCGGUCCCGCGACCUCGACGCCACCGCCUCUACCUGUCCUCCCCGUACCCUCCUACGCGCAGCUGCAGUGGCAGCUCUCCGAGAUGGCCCUCUUCCUCCACUUCGGCCCCAACACCUUCACGGACUCCGAGUGGGGCACCGGCCGCGCCAGCCCGGCCGUGUUCGCGCCCUCCGCGCUCGACGCGGGCCAGUGGGCGCGCGCGGCGGCGGCGGGAGGGUUCGGGCGCGUCGUGCUCACGGCCAAGCACCACGACGGCUUCUGCCUCUGGCCGUCCACCCUGACGAAUUACUCGGUGGCCGCCUCGCCGUGGAAGGGCGGGGACGGCGACGUCGUCGGCGAGCUCGCCGCCGCCGCGCGAGCCGAAGGUAUCGGGCUGGGGCUGUACCUCUCGCCGUGGGAUCGGCACGAGCCGGUGUACGGCGACACGGUUGCGUACAACGAGCACUACAUGGGUCAGAUGGCGGAAUUGCUGACCAGGUAUGGAGAUGUGGAGGAAGUUUGGCUUGAUGGUGCAAAGGGAGAGGACAAAGACAUGGAUUAUAUGUUUGAUGCCUGGUUUGCACUUAUACAUCAACUCCAGGAAAGGGUUAUUAUCUUCUCAGAUGCUGGACCAGAUACAAGAUGGGUAGGAGAUGAAGCAGGGGUUGCAGGUAAUACUUGCUGGUCUCCUUUAAACAAGAGCAUGGUGACGAUUGGAGACAUCAUUCCUGAAUACUCACAAAGUGGGGAUCCUUUUGGGCAAGACUGGGUUCCUGCUGAAUGUGAUGUUUCCAUCAGGCCAGGUUGGUUUUGGCAUGCAUCAGAGAAACCAAAAAAUGCUACAAAUCUGCUUGACAUAUACUACAAAUCAGUUGGUAGAAACUGUCUACUCAUAUUGAAUGUCCCCCCAAAUUCAUCUGGCCUAAUUUCUACUGAAGACAUGCAAGUCCUUCAGGAAUUUACUGAGAUUCGGAAGGCAAUUUUCUCUCUGAGUUUUGCUGCCAAUGCCACUGUUACAGCUAGCACCGUGCGUGGUGGCCUUGGCAAUCAGCAGUUUGCACCCUCCAAUGUGCUUCAGGAAAGUAUAUACUCUUACUGGGCUCCCGAGGAAGGGCAGACCUCCUGGGAAUUGCUCUUUGACCUCAAACAAUCUACUUCAUUCAAUGUGAUCCAGCUCCAGGAGCCUAUCCAGAUGGGACAACGUGUAAUCACGUUCCACGUGGAUUUAUUAGUGGAUGAAUUAUGGCAAACAAUUGUUGAAGGCACAACAAUUGGUUACAAGAGGCUGCUUCAAUUUCCAUUCGUCGAAUGUCAAUUUCUGAAGCUAUCAAUUGACAGUGCACGAGCAGAUCCACUGAUCUCAUUCUUUGGCGUUUUCAUGGAUCCCUUCUCAGUCAUAUAUAGCUUGGAGAAUCAUGAAGAAACCAUCAUUGUUAAUAGUAGUGAAGUAAUAAAGUCGAGGACAGGCCAUUCUUUUGGAAACAAGAGUACUGCCACAAUGUGGCGCGAGACCUUCAACUCAUGGCUUGCCAAGGAGCCAUUCGCGCCGCUCAUCCCACCCCACUGCGACCACCUCCUCAGCGCUGCUUACUCCUUCCUCGUUUCCCAUGGUUAUGUCAACUUUGGCGUGGCACCUGCCAUCAAGGAGCAUCUCCCCAAAGAGCCCACGAGGCCCAACACUGUCAUCAUUAUCGGUGCUGGCCUUGCGGGUCUCGCCGCGGCACGGCAACUGGUUGCGUUCGGGUUUAAAGUGAUCCUCUUGGAGGGCCGCAAGAGGUGUGGUGGCCGUGUUUACACCAAGAAGAUGGAAGGGGGUGGACGCUCAGCUGCUGCUGACCUCGGCGGCAGUGUGCUUACCGGCACAUUUGGGAACCCACUGGGCAUUGUGGCAAAGCAGCUCAGCUUGCCGAUGCACAAGAUCAGAGACAAGUGCCCACUUUACAGGCCUGAUGGGUCGCUAGUUGAUCCGGAGAUAGAUAAGAAAGUGGAGGGUACAUUUAACAAGCUUCUUGAUAAGGCUAGUCUUCUACGGGCAUCGAUGGGGGAUGUGGCGAUGGAUGUCUCGCUUGGCGCAGCACUCGAUACGUUACGGCAGACGGACGGUGGUGUCUCCACAGAGCAGGAGAUGAACUUGUUCAAUUGGCACUUAGCAAAUCUGGAGUAUGCUAACGCAGGAUUACUGUCAAAGCUGAGCCUUGCAUUCUGGGACCAGGAUGAUCCGUAUGACAUGGGUGGGGAUCACUGUUUCUUGCCUGGCGGCAAUGGGAGGCUUGUGCAGGCCCUAGCAGAGAAUGUGCCAAUUGUUUAUGAGAGGACAGUGCACACUAUACGUUAUGGAGGGGAUGGGGUUCAGGUUGUUGUCAAUGGUGGGCAGGUGUAUGAAGGUGACAUGGUGCUGUGCACUGUUCCACUUGGGGUUCUAAAAAAUGGGGGCAUUAAGUUUGUACCUGAGCUACCUCAGAGGAAACUUGAUAGUAUUAAAAGAUUAGGCUUUGGGUUGUUGAACAAGGUUGCAAUGUUAUUUCCUCAUGUUUUCUGGAGCACUGACCUUGAUACCUUUGGACACCUGACUGAAGACCCAAGUCAUCGUGGGGAGUUCUUUCUGUUCUAUAGUUAUGCAACAGUGGCUGGUGGUCCGUUGCUGAUGGCACUGGUUGCUGGUGAAGCUGCCCACAACUUUGAAACCACACCCCCAACUGAUGCCGUCAGUUCAGUUCUCACGAUACUAAGAGGUAUCUAUGAACCACAAGGUAUUGAGGUCCCAGAUCCUCUGCAGAGUGUUUGUACUAGGUGGGGCACAGACUCCUUCAGUCUAGGUUCAUAUUCUCAUGUUGCUAUUGGAGCAUCCGGAGAUGACUAUGACAUACUAGCUGAAAGUGUCGGAGAUGGGCGGCUGUUUUUUGCUGGAGAGGCCACCACAAGACGUUAUCCAGCAACAAUGCAUGGUGCUUUUAUCAGUGGUCUGCGGGAGGCUGCAAACAUCACUCUCCAUGCCAAUGCACGAGCAGCAAAGAGCAAGGUUGAAAAAGGUCCAUCAAUGAACACACAGGCUUGUGCUGCUCUGCUCAUGGACUUAUUUAGGCAACCAGAUUUGGAAUUUGGUAGCUUUUCUGUCAUUUUUGGUGGAAAAGCUUCUGAUCAAAAAUCCCCGGCCAUUCUGAAGGUGGAACUAGGUGGCCCUCGAAAGAAAGGUGCAACUGAAGGGGGAAAGACAGAUCAGCACCACUCGAAUAAAUUGUUGUUUCAGCAGCUCCAAUCACAUUUUAACCAGCAACAACAACUUUAUGUCUACACAUUACUAUCACGACAGCAGGCUAUGGAGUUAAGAGAGGUUAGAGGGGGUGAUGAAAUGAGGUUGCAUUACCUCUGUGAGAAACUUGGUGUGAAAUUAGUUGGUAGGAAAGGUCUUGGUCCGGGAGCUGAUGCUGUGAUUGCAUCCAUUAAGGCAGAGCGGAACAGCAGUAGAACUAAAACCAGACCAUCAAAAUUGAAAAUUGGAAUCCCUAAAUCUAAAUCCUAACUUUAGUUGCGCUAUGAUCCUGAACUACUGAUACUUCAAUUUAGAAGCAUGACCGGAUGAUUUUUCUUUAUUCUGUCAAUCAUAUUUCGACCUGGCAAUAUGUUUUUUGUUCGCAUGCAUCCUGUGCUGAUGUGCUGGCACUGUCCCAGGCCAAUCUGGUAUCACAUUUCUGGUGACUGUUAGAUGGUUAGAUGAUACAAUGGAACUAACUAGAUUUGGAAAUUUCCCAGAUUUAUGACCACGUGCAUCUGUAGGCUAUAUUUGGUCGCAAAACUUAUAACUUUGUAACGACAGUCAGAAAUUAUUUAUUCCUGAAGAAUCUUGCAAUCAAGAUUCCUCGGAUUCACAUGUGAUAUCUGCUAGCUGAUGUAAAUGAUUUGGUGAUUGAAUAAAACAAUUUGAAAAAAA